GAUUUUUAAUGCAAUUUUGGCGAACAUUUUAUCUCGUCGCGCUGCAAAAGAUAAAAACCAGUAAACCACCUCAUUUCACCUUGCCGUCGCUUAAAUCCCCUACUCCAGCGCUUUACUUUGUGCCCGCGCCUCUUCAGUCUCGACGACAGCCCUAAGGCAGCCCACCGCCCGCCCGAAUCUCAUCGGCGUCGGACAUUGCCCGUCGGAGCCCCGUCUUCCUUCGUCUUUCAGUUGCUGUUGCGUCGCUCUUUGUUUCCUCCAUCGGGAAAUCAGAAUCUAGUCCGCCGCUCUUUGUCAUAUCGCAAAAACUACGGCGGCCGCCGAGUGGUUAUGUAUUCAUGAUUAUUUCUCUGUCCCGACGCAGCUGCUGGUGCUUUGGUCUCUCGCGCAUUGCAUAUAUAGCUCUUCAUCGUCUCAAGAGGCGGGUGCGGUUGCCGCCGCUGGUUUCUGAAUUUGGUUCAUAGUCAGAUUUCAAUUGAUUUCUCUCAAUCCUAACUCCGGCCGGCGUUUCUGUGACCUAAUUCCAAGCCCCUGACGAACUGAUUCAGCUAACGGCACGCUGCUGGUGUCUUUUUCUUGCUCUCCUUUAUCAUCUGACUCCGGCGACGAUGGCCCUGUUAUUAUUGUCUCGUGGAGAAUCAUCAAUGGCGGCAACUCAAAUCUCUUUCAUUCAGUUUCUGGACCAAGCUGUUGGCAACAUCAAGCGCAAGUUCGAUGAUAUGAUCGCCAACAUUAGUUGUUGCAAAGCUAUCACAGAUUCAUAUACGAGGCAUGGCAAUGUGCUUGGUAAUGGCUCGUUGGACGACAUCAUGAACUCGAUUGGGCGUCAUUGCCAGUUAAGAUCUGAGGACUGGUUCUCAAACAAGAAUGAAGAUAAUAAUGGAGGAAACUCACCCGCUGUUUUCAGUGUGUUGGAUGAUAUGCUAAGGGAACGUCUGGAGCGGUUGAAAUCGAUGAGGGAAAGUAUGUCUCUGACGAACAUUGAUGUAGUUGCACAUAUCAAAGAAAACAUUGUUCUAGAUGGAAUCACUACUGUCGGUGUUAGAGAGCAUUCAUCUACAAUUAGGAAUUUAUGUCUAGGGGGUAAGUUGGGAGUUGCUUUGUUGCUGAGGAGAAAAAUGAUGCAGAAUGGUUUCGUGCCAGAUGUUUUCACCCACAAUCAUAUUGUGAAUGGACUAUGCAGGAUGGGGGAGCUGGACAUGGCAGGUAGGCUUAUUAGUGAAAUGUUGGAGCAGGGUCCGCUUCCCAACUCUGCCACCUAUAAUACCCUUGUCAAGGGUUACUGUCUCAUGAUUAAUCCUCAAAGAGCUUGCAAUCUUCUCUCUCAUAUGAGCAGAACUGGCUUCAGGAUGAACACUGUUACAGUUAAUAUACUCGUGGAUGCAUUCUGUAAGGAGGGCAUUUUUGAAGAAGCUUACAAAUUUUUGGACGAGAAUGUGACAGCGAAACCAGAUUCGGAAACCUUUACUAUCUUCAUGGAUGGCUACUUCAAGAGCAAAGAUUUUGGGAAAGCCCUAGGUGUUUGGGAAGCAAUGUUGGAAAAUAAUCUCCAGUUGGAUGUUGUUGCCUACACUGUUCUUAUCCAUGGACUUUGCUUGGCCCGAGAGAUGGAACUUGCAUAUAGCUAUUCUUGUCAAAUGCUAAAAAGAGGUAUACUUCCAGAUAUCUUUACAUACAACACCAUCAUAUCUGGCCUUUGUAGAGUGGGAAAAUUUGAUGAGGUGAAAUACAUACAGAAAGUGAUGCUAAGUAUGGGUGUCGCUCCAGAUCAAAUCUCAUGCAAAACGAUUAUUCGCAGCUUAUGCCUCCGUGAUGUUUAUCAGGCGAAAAAUUACCUAAUUUAUAUACAGAAGGCUGUAGUGCUAGAACCUCUGGUGUGGAACCUUGUACUUGAUGGUCUUGCUAGACUUGGAGAUCUUGAUACAGCAGACGAAAUUCUGAAACAGAUGCUGUCGAAGGGUGUUGAACCAAAUGUGUAUACAUACAAUGCAUUGAUUCUCGCAUGUAUGAGAAAAGGAGACAUCAACACUGCAAUUACUAGGAAAGAAGACAUGCUUUCUAAAGGGAUUAAUCCUGAUGUGGUGACCUAUAAUCUCUUGAUAGGCGCCGCUUGCAAUGGUCAGGAUAUUCGGCGGGCAUAUCAAUUACUGUAUGAAAUGCGGCUAAGGAGCCUGGAACCGGAUAUGAUAACUUACACAAAACUUAUCCGAGCUCACUUUAUUAGUGGUGAUUUGAAUGCAGCACGGGAAAUCUUUUCCUACUUAAGGAAGACUGGUUUAGCUGUAGAUCAUGUUUCAUCUCUGAUACUUACCAAGAGUUAUAGAAAUAUGAGACAGAUAGGACGUUAUAUAAAGUGGCGGGAGAGGAAUCAUGGAAUCUUGGCUCUUCCAAAAGAGGCUGUAGACACUUCUAGUUAGACACUCGCUGUAACUGGCUGAGCUAUAGACCGUGUUUCAUCUCUGAUACUUGCCAAGAGUUAUACAAAUAUGAGAAAACUAGACCGUUAUAUUAAGUGGCGGGAGAGGAAUGGUGAAAUCUUGGCUCUUCCUGGAGAGGCUGUAGACACUUUGAAUUGGACAUUCGUUAUAACUGGCUGAUGGCUACCUUUUGUAGCACUAUACAGUGAUAAGUUGGCCUCUUAAGCUGCUUAAGAUGAUAGAGUUAAAGAGAUUCAUGAUGCAGUUUCAAGGUUAAUCUCUAGUGAAGUUUCAAGGUUCUAAAGCAUUGAAAGCAUUGCUAACUACUGAGAACUCAGGAGGAUUAUUGCCUCUUCAUCCCUAUUUCGAGAAAAAUUGCAAAUCAACAAUGAUACCUGAGUGCUCUGCUCAUAGCAAGCUGAUAAUUGAAUUUGAGCUACAGUGCCACAAAAGUUAAUGGAUUGAAUAUUCCACCUUAGAGGUGGCAAAACCAUGCAGGAAGUUCUCUCUCUCAUAUGCAAAGGAUCCCUUGGAAAUUUAUGCUUCAGCUGAGCAGUUGACACAAUUAUAGAGAGUAAGAGAGCAGCCAGCAGUUCUGAGGUUUGAGAUGGCUUAAAAGCUUACACAGUAGUUCACAAGGACUAGUGCCACCAAGAUUGUAUCAGAUGACAUCUCAGUAGGUAGUAAGCUGUGCUCUGAAAAUCAAAUCGUAGGCUAAAUUUAACACUAGAGAUGAUUUCAAUUACACGAAUUGGAGAAAGGAGUGGAUCAAAGUUUCAACAUUACAGUCUUUUUCUUGACAUUGUUUUGCAGAUGGAUCAUCUUACAACGCUAAAAAUCAACCCCAUAAACACUCUGCCCAGCCGAUAACCUCACCAAGCUUCAAUGGCACUUGUACACGUCGCAGAAUGUCUGAACACCUAACAUCACCAACAGCAACACAGCAGCCAUCACCUUAGCAACAUCCCACGAAACCUUCAGAUACUUCUUCACCACCUUCGACAUCUUGAUCUUCCUAUGGCUGUUGUAGAGCUCAUUCACUCCCUUGACGUGAUCAUCAAAACCCGUCUUGUCUUCCGGAUUACCACUCCCUGCCAUCCCAGCAAAUAGCUCCACAAUCUUCCCAUCCUCAGUAUCCGUCGGAAGUACGAUGAUCCUCUCUUCCUUCAGCAUCAUCACGUCGGCUGCACUCCUGACCAAACAACUCAUCAGCUGAACCCACCGGUUCACGAUCAGAUUCUCCGACUUCGCCAUCAACUCGUAAGCCACAAGGUUUCUGAUCAGCACCUCGCAGUUGGGGUUCCAGGUGAACGCCGGAAGCCACAGCAUUUUCAAAUUGGUGUCGUAACGGAGGCUUCGGAUGCCAUCUCUAGUACAGCCAAACUGUAAGCCGACGCUUCUCAACUGGGAAGCCGUGGGGAGCAGAACCUCUUCCUCGUCCUCUCCAAUCGCCUUCCUCAACCGGUCGGAGAUCCCCAGAGCUUUCGACAAGCGGACGACACGAUCCACUGGCGCCGCCACAGACUGAAUCAGACCGAUGUUGGCAUCUUUCGCUUCGUCCCAGAGAUCGGCGACAAACUCCUCUGCUAUUCUGAUUGCAGCCUUUGUUGUCCUCCCCAUUCUCGCCCGUUCAUCCAGAGGUUUGUCUUUCAGCCAAAUCAACUGGUACAUAACGUCCAGCAAGUGCCGCGGCUCGAUAAGGCCGACAUCCGGGUACGUCUCGUGCAGGUCGAAAGGCGACAGCUUGCAACAGAAGUCAAAUAACAGCACAGUUAAAGGCUCGGAGAUGGAGGAAUCGGCGUACUUGGUUUCUACCUCCAUGAGCAGGGAAAGAGGGAUUUGGUUUUCCAGCAUCAGGACAUCUUUCACUACGCUAUCUCCGUUGACCUUUCUCUCGGAAGAGUCAAGGAAGUGACGCCGGGAACUGUGACGGAGCUCCCCAUAAUUGUGCAGAUAGUCGAGCAGGAAUAAACCGUCAAUCGCCAGGAUCCACGCCAAGGCUUCGUCGGAGAUUUCCAGGUGCUUGUCGUAAGAGCAGCGGAUCGCGGGCAGUAAUGUGGACAGGCACCGGACGAACUCCGGGAAUGAGGGGAGAUGGAGGGAGCUGUGUGCCCGUUUCGCCGCGGCGAGCUUGAACGUCUGCAUUGGGUAGAGCUCUGGCUUGAAAUGGUGGAGAGGGCCUAUGGCGAUCAGCUGGGGAGCGUAGGCUUCUGGGUUUUGGGAUCUGAGGUUGCCUGGGACUUGGAAAAUGCUGAAGGAGUGUUCUGUGACGCUUUCGAGGUCUUGGUCGAGGCUGCCAUUGACGUGGGCGACCCAGUUCUUCACUGUGAAGCUCGAGUUGAUCACUGAGUCUGCAGAGGAUGAAGGAGCCAUUGGAGGUUUGCUUGCUCGUUUGGUUUGUAGUAAAUGAAGACCAGGUGAAGGCUUCUAGUAGUUGGAGAAUUAUUUACCUCGUGAUGAUUUGGACUUUGGAGUCGAGUCAGAUUAUCAGCAAAAGCUGACGUUUGACGACGACGAUACGUGUCAGAAAGUCGGGACGAAGGACGAUUCGACAGCCUAUAAGUCACGGCAACCGUUUUUGUUUUUUUUAAGCGGGUUUUGCUUUACUUUAAGGGGUGAAAAUAAUUUUACCCUCCCACACUAUUGUUGCAUCUUUUUUUUUUUGGUGCUGUCUUGCAUGAUGAUGGGACUACUAACUGUGAAACUCUAAAAAGUCUUCUUGUGUUUUUUUUUUUCUCAGUUGGUCAUGAGUUGGUUGUAAUAUGGUUUUGAAGGGUAUUUAGCGUUUGUUAGGUGUGAAAGGUGGGUGCAA